UCCAGAUCCAGGCGGCUGUGCGCGCUCAGGGGUGGUGCUCCGGUCCUGCCACUCGCCGUCCCGACACGCAGGGGCCAGGAGCGAGCCAGAGCCACAGGUUGGGAGCGUAAGGAGCUGUCCCCGCGAUGGUCGCCCUGUAGAGCAGAUCCGGUGUGCCUGCGGCUGGCGUGGAAGCUCAGGAGUUCCAGGGCCCAGGAGGGCAGCCUCUGAAACCUGACACCCAGCCCUCGCGCAAAGGAAACUUCGCAGGCUGGCCCAACCAGACCAUCACUAUGACCGAUGGGGACUAUGAUUAUCUGAUCAAACUCCUGGCCCUUGGAGACUCAGGGGUGGGGAAGACGACGUUUCUUUAUCGGUACACAGACAAUAAAUUCAAUCCCAAGUUCAUCACGACAGUAGGAAUAGACUUUCGGGAAAAACGUGUGGUUUACAACACGCAGGGGCCCAAUGAAGCAUCAGGGAAAAUGUUUAAGGUGCACCUCCAGCUCUGGGACACCGCGGGACAAGAGCGGUUCCGGAGCCUCACGACCGCCUUUUUCAGAGACGCCAUGGGUUUCUUAUUAAUGUUUGACCUCACCAGUCAGCAGAGCUUCUUAAAUGUCAGAAACUGGAUGAGCCAACUGCAAGCCAACGCUUAUUGUGAAAAUCCAGAUAUUGUGCUAAUUGGCAACAAGGCAGACCUGCCAGACCAGAGGGAAGUCAGUGAACGGCAAGCCCGGGAAAUGGCUGACAAGUACAGCAUUCCGUAUUUUGAAACAAGUGCAGCGACUGGCCAGAACGUUGAGAAAGCCGUGGAAACUCUCCUGGACUUAAUCAUGAAGCGAAUGGAGCAGUGUGUGGAGAAGACCCAAGUCCCCGACGCUGUCAACGGUGGAAGUUCCGGGAAGCUGGACGGGGAAAAAGCAGCCGAGAAGAGAUGCGCCUGCUAGACUUUGCCCAGGACCUCAUCACCCAGCCCCCCAGCCUGAUAUUACUGCCCGAUCAGCGACCAACCACGAAAUCGCCGCCGUGCACAGUGGCGUGUCUGUCUUCUCCUGCCAGAGAAUCUGUUUUAAGAAACCAAAAUAGUCAACAGUAUUCAAAAGAAUUGACCGGUGGUUUCUGAGGCCCCUUCAAACAAGAUCAAAGCUUUCGUAGUGUACCCUCACCAAUACGAGUGCUGGGUUCAUGGUUCUUAAAGGAAGACAAGUGUGCAGGAGAGUGCACAAGACGAAAUUGGAGUGUGUUUUAAACCAGAGCCAGCCUUGCCCUGUUGCACUGGAGAGGGAUAGGCUACCAAAGGGAGAACAUAGAAAGAUGAUUGUUUUUUAAAAGACUGAGUUUACUUCUCACGUAGAAUAUGAUUAUUACUCUUGGUUUGCAUUGGGGGAACAUAUUAGUUAAAGUGGACACACAAUAAGGAAUUUUAAAUGGAUCGUUAAGAAUGAUCCUGCCCAAUAAGCGGUACUAGAAAGAUUCAUUUAGUGAUGAGGCUGUGGGGGGAUGAAUGUCAGACGUCUGCGAAAAUGUGGGCACUUGUGUAAUAAUGCCAUUCUUAUAUUAGUACAUGUCAGACAGACAAGAACAAGACGGUGAGUGACAAAGUACAAGGGAAGUGCCCUGGGAGAAAAAUGAAAGUGGGGGAACACGGCAUGUGGACAAACGAAAUGAAAUGUAUCUGUUGCAGAUGUCUGGAGGAGUUAAUAGUCAGCUUUCACUCCGGCCAAGUAGAAGUUGACAUUAUCAGUGGGGAUUAAGAGAAGAUCCAGAAUUUCCAUUUCGAACAUCGUUUUAGAAAUAGGUUCAGGGGUCAGCUUCACAUUUCAUUUUUUUCCCCUAAGUAAAUGGUGAUAGUCGCAAAGACAAAUGAAAGAUUGCUGUUUAUUAAGUAUCUUUCUUUAAACACAGUAAAAAAAAACCCCUAUUUCACCUUAAUUUCUUUUAGGUGAAUAUGCUGGCGAUGUGAAACAAAAGGUGACUAUUAGUUGUGGAUUUGUUUUCAAUUUACAAAAACAGUGAAAUCUCUAAAUCGCAUUUCUCUCUCCUAACCCACACCUACCCCUGGCUUUGAAUCAAUUGUAAAAAUACAGGUGUAUCACUGUGUAGACCAGCUUCAGAGUAAUGAUGGAUCAAUUUCAAUGGUAACUCUGAAUUUUCAUGUCAUUAAUCACAAAAAAAUUGAUGGUAACUCAUGCCAUAUUAUAGUAUAUUUAGCAUUUGUUUUUAUUUUGUCUAAGGCAAAAGGCCCAUAGUUGACCUAUAUUUGGGGAUUGGGCAGGAAUGGAACCGUAUUUUAUGUCACCAAAAAUUUGUAAAUCAUUUUAUUUUUUUAUAAGAAGUUGCCUUUUCUUUUUAAAAAAAUGAUCCUCAAAGUAUUUUUCAUUGGCCUGUUCUUAUCAUUUGUGUCUAAAUUAAUGACCAGCUUCUAUUAAACUGUUAUUUAAAUAUUCCAGUGAAUUUUAUCAAUAACAAAGGCAUUACACUUUAUGUUUUCUCUUUUUUAUUAGGCGUUAUAUGAUUUUUCAAUGGAAUAGUUCCUCUUCCUGUAACAUGUAAACUUCAUUUUUUUCCAACCUGGUGCCUAUUUUGUGAAGUUACAGAUGCCAGAAACCCUCAGCUCAGCUCCCCAUCCCCCACCUCUGCCUGCCAACCUCUCUCUGGUACCGAAUCAUUUUUAGAUCCAAGGAAGUGUCUGUAGCCAUAAUGAUCUUAGCGUGGACUGGGCUCAGAAAUGCACCAUGAAUGAAAGCAGUGCGGAAGCUUUGAUGAGUUCACCCUCUGCGAAGUUCCUGGCGUUUACUGCCCACCUCCUCUGACUUCCGCAGGGCGUUGCCAGCUCCUAAGAUGGAUCACAGGCGGGGGCCGCCUACAAAGGUGUUUUCCUCCAGGAUGUUCUUCAUGACCUCGGUACCUGUGCCAUGAAAAUGGAAAUCUGUUAGCUAACAAGAAACGUGUUUCUUUUAGAAAAGGGAACAGAAACAAUGUAACUAUUGUUGUAGCAAAAUUUGGUGAACUUUUGAGGUCAUUAUAUCACUUUCUUAUUUGGAUCCAAAUUGUGAUUUCCCCUGCAUUUCCACAAUAUGGAAUGUUUAGCCUUUAUAAAAUUCUAAAGGUAUUC